AUGGUCGUCAACAGGUGUGUAUUUGGCUUUCUUCUCGUUUGGAUCGUCCGCCCGAAGCGCGACCUCAUGCUGAUGAUUGGGGUGGCGACGGAGGGCCCGAUGACGAUGGUGACGAUCGUUCUCGCGGUCGCCGUCGCGGUCGUGUUGACCUUCCUCCCGCCCCUCCUGAUCCUUGGCUCGACCCUGGGUGCGACCCAUGGGCUGCGGCUGCGCCUCAAGGCGGUGGCGGUCGUGCAUGCAAAGCCCCAAGACGACAUGGUGAUGGCGAUGCGGCACCGCUGGCAGACGGUACAGUUGUGCAUCUGUUGCCGGAGAUUCCGCCUUUCCCGUUCAACAAGGCGGCGCCAGUCUCCUUUCCAGAUGUUGCCCACGUUGUGCAUCAGGAUGCUCGUGGUGACGAUGAUAGUGAACAAGAACGUAUUGAGCCUGAGCUUCGUUCCCCUGGUGGCUUCGCUAGCGCAGGCGCUUGUGACGCAAAUGGUAUGCUUGAUCGUGCUGGUGCGAACAUAG